CAUUUUAUAUGGCUAAGUUUCCAAACAAAAGUUCCGGUCCCUGAAUUUCAAAAGCCACCUCCUCAUCUUUCCACCAAAAAAAAAAAAAAAAACAAUACUAUAACUACAGGACAACCACAAUAAACAGACCCUUUAAAAAUUUAAUAACCAGAAAACAAAAACUACUGCAAAAGCAUAUAGUAUUAAAUUAUUCUAGCGUACGUGCAUUUGUCUUAAAAGUAUGGUUUAGUCCAUCUGCAGGCCCUCUGAAAUUCAACUACAAUUUCACAUGUUUAUUCCUUGCACAGAGAUAUUGUUUCUGAACUACCAAAACCUUUUUCUUAAAAUUACCUUUUUUUGCACAAAUUUCUAUACCCCUGACAUAACAAGAACUCAUCUGUCAACUCUGUGACACAAAGAAGAAGAAAGUACAUAGAUAGGAGAAGUAGUACUGGAACAGGAAAACAAGAUUUAGUUAUGUCAGAAGAGGAAUCUGAUAUUCUUCUUCCUGUUGUAUUAUUCCACUUCUUGCUUAUAAUCACUACAGUUUGCGGAGACACCCUCGAGACUGACAAGCAAGUGUUGCUGAGUUUCAAGACGUUUCUUGAGGAGCAAAAUCCAAUUAAUAAAGGAUACAGUCACACAAAAUGGGAUUCCUCGGACUUAUCUCCGUGCAACUGGCCUGGAAUUUUAUGUGAUGAUGGUGUUAAUCGAGUCAUUCAAAUCAACCUCUCUGGUGACAAUUUGGCUGGAAAAAUGUUUCAUAAUUUCUCUGCCAUGACAGAGUUGACACAUAUUGACCUGUCCAUGAAUACAAUUGGAGGGUCCAUUCCUGCAGACUUAGGAAAAUGUCAAAAUCUGAGAUUUUUGAAUUUGUCACACAAUAUUAUUGAUGGGGAGCUGAAUUUGACUGGGCUGAACAAGUUGCAAGUUCUUGAUUUGACCAUGAACAGGAUUCAUGGUGAGAUCAGUUUAACUUUCCCGGGGAUUUGUGACAGUUUGGUGGUUGCAAAUAUUUCGAAUAAUAAUUUCACUGGGGAGAUUGGAAGCACCUUUGAUCAGUGCUGGAAUUUGAAGUAUCUUGAUUUGAGCUACAAUAACUUGACUGGAGAGUUGUCAGUUGGUUUUGAUAAGCUGAAGGAGUUUUCGGUAUCUAAAAACAAGUGUACUGGCUCUCUACCUUCGUCGUUUUUCACUCCAAACUGCACCUUGCAGGCUUUGGAUUUAUCAGAAAACGAAUUCGUUGGAGGAUUGCCUAAGGAGAUAUCGAAUUGUAAGAACUUGGAAGACUUGAAUUUGUCUGGAAACAACUUUUCAGGGCCAAUUCCUAAGGAAAUUGGAUCAGUUAUGAGUCUUCAAGCACUUUACCUGGGAAGCAACAAUAUUUCAAGGGAAAUUCCAGAGACUUUAUCAGGUUUAAGCAACUUGGUGUUUCUUGAUCUCAGUAGAAACAACUUCAGAGGAGAAAUACAAGAAAUUUUCGGGCGAUUUACACGGGUAAGGUUUCUUCUGUUGCAUGGUAACUCUUAUACUGGAGGCAUAGUUUCCUCUGGAAUUCCCAACUUAGUGAACCUUUCCCGGUUGGACUUGAGCGAUAACCAGUUCUUCGGUCCAUUGCCAGUUGAACUUCACAAGAUGAAAGGCUUGAAGUUUCUGAUUCUUGCAUACAACCAGUUUAAUGGAAGUAUACCAUCUGUAUACGGUGAUAUACCGACACUUCAGGCCCUUGAUCUUUCCUCUAAUAAGUUAACUGGCGUGAUACCACCAAGUUUAGGGAAGUUAAACUCACUUUUGUGGUUGAUGCUUGCUAACAAUUCACUGACUGGUAGAAUCCCACCCGAGUUGGGAAAUUGCAGUAGCUUAUUAUGGUUGAAUCUUGCAAACAAUCAUCUCUCCGGGCCAAUUCCACCUCAGUUAGCAAGAAUUGGCUCCAAUCCUAUGCCUACUUUCUUGUCGAAUAGGGCCAAGGAUAAAGUCACCGCUGGCUCAGGUGAGUGCUUCGCGAUGAAGAGGUGGAUACCAGCUGAUUAUCCUCCAUUUAGUUUUGUAUAUCCUCUUCUUACCAGGAAGAAUUGUAGAAGCCUGUGGGAUAAAUUGCUUAAAGGGUAUGGUUUAUUUCCAGUGUGUGAACCGAGCAGUAAUGUUCGUUCGAAUCAGAUAUCAGGCUAUCUUCAACUUAGCAACAACAAGUUUUCUGGUAGGAUCCCUCCUGAAAUUGGCAGCCUGCAGAAUUUCAGUAUGCUUCAUUUAGGUGUAAAUGAAUUCGCUGGCACGCUCCCUUCACAGAUUGGACAAAUGCAACUAGUAGUCCUUAAUGUUUCACAGAACAGAAUAGCUGGUGAAAUUCCAAGGCAAAUUGGCUACAUUAAGUGCUUACAGAUUCUUGAUCUGUCCUACAACAAUUUCUCUGGUCUAUUCCCAGCUAGCUUUAGUAACUUGACUGAUCUGAGCAAGUUCAAUGUCUCUUUCAACCCGUACAUCUAUGGUACCAUACCAGAAAGUGGGCAAUUAGCCACAUUUGAGAAGUCAUCAUAUCUUGGCGAUCCAUUGCUUCGCCUUCCAUCUUUCAUUGACAACUCUACGAAUAAUGCAAUAAACAAAGGUGGAGGUUUCAAAAGGCCUACAAAAGUCGGUAUAAUUUUGGUAUUCUUGGCUCUGGUACUGGCUUUCCUAGUUUGUGGACUUAUGACACUCAUUGUCUGCCUCAUCCUAAAAUCUCCAAUAGAUACACCAGGAUAUUUAUUGGAGGAUUUAAAGGGCCGACAUGAUGUGGCAUCGAGUUCAGGUGCAUCCUCACCGUGGUUGUCUAAUGAUGUUAAGGUUAUCCGUUUGGACAGAACAAGCUUCACACAUUCUGAUAUAUUGAAGGCCACAGGCAGAUUCUCGAAUGAUAGAAUUAUAGGUAAAGGAGGAUUUGGGACAGUUUAUCGCGGAGUCUUGCCUGAUGGAAGGCAAGUGGCAGUGAAAAAGCUACAAAGGGAAGGAAUUGAAGGGGAAAGAGAAUUCCGAGCUGAAAUGGAAGUACUAAGUGGCAACGACUUUGGUUGGCAUCCGAAUCUCGUAACACUUUAUGGUUGGUGCCUUAAUGGAUCAGAGAAAUUGUUAGUCUAUGAAUACAUGGGAGGUGGAAGCUUAGAUGACAUUAUCACAGAUAGAACCAAAUUCACAUGGAAGAAAAGAAUCAACGUGGCAAUUGAUGUGGCACGUGCGUUAGUCUUCUUACACCACGAGUGCUACCCUUGUAUUGUCCACAGAGACGUUAAGGCUAGCAACGUGCUACUAGACAAAGACGGAAGGGCAAGAGUCACGGAUUUUGGCCUAGCUAGGGUUAUGGAUGCUGGAGAUAGUCAUGUUAGCACAAUGGUUGCUGGUACAAUCGGGUACGUUGCACCAGAAUAUGGACAGACGUGGCAGGCUACAACAAAAGGUGACGUUUACAGUUAUGGUGUGCUAGCAAUGGAGUUAGCCACAGGGAGACGGGCAGUAGAUGGAGGCGAGGAAUGUUUAGUUGAAUGGGCCAAGCGAGUGAUGGGAGACGGAAGGCAAGGAUUUACUAGAGCCAUAAUACCAGUUUCUCUUUUGGUAUCUGGUCUAGCUGAGGGAGCAGAGGAAUUGUGUGAAUUGCUUAAAAUAGGAAUAAGGUGCACUGCUGAUAUUCCUCAUGCUAGGCCUAAUAUGAAGGAAGUAUUGGAUAUGUUGAUUGCCAUUUCUCGCAGACAAAGAUCAGGAUCCAGUCGUAGCAAUUCUCCUUCAUUUUGAUGAACAUUUUUGUUUGAAUCAGCAAAUUAAGUGUCAAUAAUUUUUACACAUUUGUAAUAUACAUAUAGCACAUUCUUCUUGUAUACAGUUGUUUUAGAUUCUUUAUUCUGGCAUUUUGUUUUGUUAGGAUCCCACAUUUUUUGUGAAGAUUAUUAGAGUUGAAAUGUGAAUUAACUUUUCAAA